UUGGAGGUGGUAUUGGCCGUCUUCGGCCCUCCUGUUCAGCUCAGAAAAAAAUUGACGAGACGAGCAGCAGAAAGGGCCGGGGAUGCAAACAGGACAAAACCAAAAUACAACACUAAAGCAGAAUUUGAGGAAUGCUGAUGCCUUAGAAUAUGGACAAGGGGGAGAUCUACGAAGUUACCAACAACAUCGAGCUAGCUUGCUAGUUUGCCAGCUACGAUUUACUUUUAAAUCAUUUCUCCCCUCUCGAUACAUCUGCAACGAUGCGGCUUGAUUUGACUCGCAGGACCGCUGCGAUUGUUCUCUGCCUUUUGGGAUGCAAUAUCUGGAGAGCGGCAACUAAAACCCUACAAGAAGAUAAUGGCAUUAAAGAGGUGACUCUGAAGGUCCACCUGAGUGAUGCCAGCACCCACCAGCCCCUGGGCGGUGCCACCAUUGAGCUCUUCACCAACCACACGCCUGUAACCAUGGAGACAUCCGCUGCUGACGGCAAUGCCUACCUCCGCUUCCCGUACCGUCUCGGAACGCCACUGGUCGUCACAGCAACCAAACAGGGUUACGUGCCAAACUCUGCCCCCUGGAGUCCCACCAGACUGCCUGUGUUCUCCACUCUCAGUCUGGAUCUGCUGCCAGAGAGAACUGCCACUCUGAUGGUGUACGAUGAUGUCGUUCAGAUCGUCUCUGGGUUCCAAGUUUCGAGGGCUCACCCCUGGGUCCAGUUCCAGCGCCGGGCCCUGAGCCUGCCUCCCAACACGUCCUACACCAACCUCAGCGCCCUGCUGACCGUGGCCAGCGCCCCUGCUCACAUGCAGCACUUCCCCUACCUGCAGGGCCUGCAGGGCCUGGGGGGCAACGGCUCAGGAUCCGAGCGCAGAUUUGAGCUGACUCCGGUGGCAGCCAUCUCUGUCCACCUAUUGGCCAGCGAUGGUGUGGAGCUGCUGGUAAACGAGCCAAUCAGCAUCUCUGUCCCUCUGCCAGCCAAUAGCGGUCUGAAGGACAACGAUCACAUACCUGCCUGGAGGUUCGACCCCCGCUUGGGGGUCUGGUUGAAGAGCAGCCUGGGCUAUGUGCAGAGAGAGGGGGAUCAUCUGAUCCUGACCUACAUCGCUCCCCAGCUGGGCUACUGGGUGGCAGCCAUGUCCCCUGUCCACACAGGUGAGCCCAGCAUGUCCCCUGUCCACACAGGUGAGCCCAGCAUGUCCCCUGUCCACACAGGUGAGCCCAGCAUGUCCCCUGUCCACACAGGUGAGCCCAGCAUGUCCCCUGUCCACACAGGUGAGCCCAGCAUGUCCCCUGUCCACACAGGUGAGCCCAGCAUGUCCCCUGUCCACACAGGUGAGCCCAGCAUGUCCCCCGUCCACACAGGUGAGCCCAGCUCUGCUCUGCUCACUCUUUAUCCUGCACAAGGUCCCAUGGUAGCUAAGGACAUCAGUACGUACCACACAGUGUUCCUGCUGGCGAUCCUGGGAGGCAUGGUCCUCAUUCUGCUCUGCCUGCUUUGCCUGCUGCUCUAUUACUGCAGGCGGUGCUGCUUGAAGCCUCGUCUGUCCCGACGCAAGCUCACCCUGGCUGCUGCUCUGGACGGCAGCAAGAGAGACCAGGCCACCUCCAUGUCUCACCUCCACCUCAUCAGCAACGAGGUGCAGCUGGAGAUGGUUUCCACAGCAACAGAACCUGACAUGACCACACCCAUGCUCAAACCCUCCUCUUACGAUCAGCAUCACCAGGAGCUGGUCUCUCAUGGCAACCACAGCCGCUCAUCACUUGUUAACCACAGCCGACACGGCUCGUCUCUAGGCAAUCUGACCCCCCGUAGCCGUGACUACCGGCAGUCUGUGGAGACAUUCCCGUUGAAGACCGCCCUUUCGACCGGAACGGACCGAGGCUACCGCCAAUCAUACACCUCCGUCUGCUCCUCCACCAAUCAGGUUCUGGAUAGACUGUCCUUAACUAAUCACGUGAGCCAGAUAAGCAGUGGGGGAGAGGCAACCUCCCCCUCCUCCCCCCCUCUCUCCCCCAGCCGAGCCGAAGCCAUGGAGAGCAGGCCCCCUGACUACCACCUGUCCCGCUCUGUGGACCACCUGGAGCGCACCCUGCCCCUCUCCCUCCCCCGCCCGGGACAGCUGCUGUGCUGUGGCUCCGUGGACCUGCUCAGCGGGGGGGAGGCCUACCCCAGAAGAGUGCGGCCCACCCUGGUGAUCCCAGCUCAUUACAUGCGCCUGCCAGGGGAGCACCCUCUGUGUGGGCAGGCCCUGCUCCUGCAGAUGGAGCAGCAGAGUGACCUGGAGACCAUCCAGGCAGAGCUUAACGCCACGCACCCCCAGCAGCCCUCAGACCACUCCCCUGACGACUGCUCACCUGGCUCGGCUAAUCAGGGGGAAGGAGACGGACGUAACCUAUCGGAAUCUCUGUCUAUCCCCACGACACUCGGAGAAUCUGGUCUGGUUGAAAUCAACGACGAGGACACUUUAUUGGCUGAGAAGACCCUGAUGGAACUCCGGGGAGGGAAGCCCCUCCCACACCCACGGGCCUGGUUUGUUUCAUUGGACGGACGUUCCAACGCCCACAUCCGCCACUCCUACAUUGACCUGCAGCGGGCCGGGUGCCAUGGCAACAGUACGGGAGGUGGCGGCAGGCGCAGUGGUAGGCAUGGCAACAGCAAUGACACCAGCCUGGACUCCGGGGUGGACCUGAACGAGCCCAGGGUGGGACGCAGGUGGAAGGAGGACAGGAAGAAGGACAGGGCGAAGAGUACUCCUCCAGCCGUCUACACCCAGCCGGUGAGCACCCCUCCAGCCGUCUACACCCAGCUGGUGUACGUGGACGACCUGGAGGGGCCAGCCAGCGAGGGGGAGGCAACACCUGAGACCAGCCCUGGAAACGGUCAACAGCCUGACACACAGUGCCAUCAGGAGAAGAUGGAGGAAAGAGAGGAGAAGGGGGAAGAGGUAGAGGAGGGAGGAGUCAUCCAAAUACAAGAAGAAGCCCCUUCGCCUUCCUCAUCCUCCCCUUCCUCCCCCCCUCCCCUGUCACCGCCAGAGGGGGUGGCCUUCAGGACUGAGCACGCUCAGACUUCUCUGCUGUCUGUCUCACCUGAUAACGACCCAUCCAACGACGAUGGAGAGGGGGAGAAGAAGAGCCCUUGGCAGAAGAGAGAGGAGCGCCCCCUUUUGGCCUUCAACCUCAAAUGACGCAUACCUGACCUCUGACCCCUUAUGACCACUUCACACACACAGAAAUAUGACGUUUGUUUCCCUACUCCCCCAUAUGUAGGCAGCACUAAGGAGACAACAGGGGAGGAGCAGGUGGAUCUGUGGACUGAUAUAACCUGUGCUGCACUCUCCUUGUUGCCUACACCCACAUGUUGUGAUGUCCCUGCCUGAGAGACAGACUCUCAAAGCAAGAACCUGAAAUAGGAGUCAUCAUUUAAUGCACAACUGCUAUGCCUUUUUAUAAAAUUAGCAUUUUAAGCAAAAAAAGAGAGCGCUUUUCUGAAGGAGCCACGACCCUGUUCUGCCUGUUGAUGAAUCUUCUAGAACAAAGAAUGGUGGUAUAAGCAAUAUUGCAGAUGUUUUACUGGGUUUGUCUAUCCUUUGAUCUAUGCAUUGUCCCAUAUGCAUUAUGUUUAGGUCACUGGAAGUGGGAAUGAGUAGUCCUACCCAGUGUGAUGGAGUCUGUGAGAGAGGAAAGGGGAAGCCCUACCUGUGGAGGG